AUGCACGACGGGAGAUUUAGCCAAGAUGAUACUAAAGAUAGCGUUGAAAAUGAGUCCUAUAUUAAUACCACAGUACUUAAUGCCCUUAUCUAUGAAUACCUGGUCAAGAAAAGAUAUGCUGGGACUGCAAAAGUAUUUAGAGUUGAAGGUGAUGUAACUCAGAUUAAUAUUACACAAGGAUCUUCAGCCCUUUUAGAUUGGUUUAUGGCCUUUAAUGAUUUGUAUAAUGUACGUUCUGGUCGGGCAGCACCUACUGGUCUAACUGGGAAGAUAGAUGCAGUACUUGGCAAGACUGGAUUAAGAGAUAGUGAUGGUAGUAGUAGUAGAUUGAGAGAUGGAAUGAGAGAUAGUGAGGCUGGCAGUACUAGCAGUGCAGGAGGAAGAAUGAGGGAUAGUGAUGGUAGUAGUAGUAGUAGAUUAAGAGAUGGACUGAGAGAUAGUGAGACUGGCAGAAGAAGUGGAGGUAAUAGUAGUAGUGGAGGUAAUAGUAGUGGUGGAGGAGGUUUAGGGAGUAAGAAAGGAGGAAGGGAAGGUGAUUUACUUAAUACUAUUUUAGAGAUAGACGAACCAGUGAGUCAGCCCCGGAAGACUCCUAGUGUACAAUUACCGGCUAAGGAAGUAUCUAGACUGGCUUUACACCAGCAGAAGAUUACUAGUAUGGCUAUUUGUCAACGGCGGAAGAUUUUAGUAGUUGGUAGUGCUAAUGCUUCUAUCUGUGUAGUUGAUUUGACUAAUUUAAGUGAUGUAGCUCGGUUUGAGCCCCAUACGAUGGCUAUUUCGCAAGUACGAAUUAAGGAGGGUAAAGAAGAAGGACUUAUUUUUGGUUCAGCAUCAUUAGAUAGGGAAGCUAAAGUUUAUAGGGCAAUUAGAGGUCCAGAAAAGAUAGAGGUUUCUUUAUUGUUAUCAUUACGUGGGCAUAGGUCAUCAGUAAAGGCCGUUGAUUUUAGUGAGAGUAAAGUGUAUACUAUAGGAAUAGAUGGAGAAUUAAGGAUGUGGAGUAUGGAGGGAGAAUGUGUAGCUUCUUUUGCUUUACGUAAAACUAUCAAAUCAAUGUUUGUUAAAUCUGAUGCGGCGGUUGUUAUUUGUGAUAUGACUGGAGUAGUUUUAUUCAAUCCGGAAUCAAUGGCAACUCCACGUGAUAUUGCUGAUCGAGCAGCUGUAGCUUCCUGUCGUACGCCUAGUGGUUCAGUCGUAGUAGUUACAGAUGCCGUUCUGAUCUUUAGUCCAGAUUUCCGGGAUGUCCGUAGUUUACCUUUACCAGCCGAACAUAUUCAAUCGGUCUGUCUAGUAGGCGAUCGACUCUUCCUAGGGGGAUACCAAGCAGUCUAUGAACUAACUGGCAAACGGGUAAGUCUCUUCCCAGCGCAUAAAGUUUCCGUCAGUGCUAUCGAAGGCACAAUUGUGAAUAACAAAACACUUCUCCUAUCUGGUUCACAAGAUGGAGAAGUUAAAAUCUGGGAGGUAGCCGAAAAGCAAAUCUAA